CCGCGGGGCGCCCCCUCCUCGCCCAGGCUGCCCUCGGUGCCCUCGGCCCCGCCCGUGCCCCGUCCCGGGGGUGCCCACGCGGGCAUGGGGGAGCCGCUGGGCUGCUGCGAGCGCGUGGCCAUCAACGUGGCGGGCCGGCGCUUCGAGACCCUGGUGCGGACGCUGCGGCGCUUCCCCGACACCCUCCUGGGCGACCCCCGGCGCCGCCGCCGCUUCUUCGACCCCCAGCGCCGCGAGUACUUCUUCGACCGCCACCGCGGCGCCUUCGGGGCCGUGCUCUACUACUACCAGAGCGGGGGGCGGCUGCGGAGACCCCCCGACGUCCCCCUGGACGUGUUCCUGGAGGAGCUGAGGUUCUACCAGCUGGGCGACGAGGCGGAGGAGCGGCUGCGCGAGGCCGAAGGCUUCUCGGUGGAGGAGCCGCCGGCGUUGCCGCGCGGCGGGCUGAGGCGGCGGGCGUGGCUGCUGUGCGAGCACCCCGAGAGCUCGCCGGCCGCGCGGGUGGUGGCCCUGCUGUCCGUGCUGGUCAUCCUGGUGUCCAUCGUGGUGUUCUGCCUCGAGACGCUGCCGCAGUUCCGCUCCGGCGCCGAGGGAGAGGUGAGCGGCUCUGCUCUCUCUCAUUACACCACCCCCACGCCCCCUCCCCACCGCUCGGGCCUGACCGACCCCUUCUUCCUGGUGGAAACCAUCUGCAUCUGCUGGUUCUCGCUGGAGCUGCUGGUGCGCCUGGUGGCCAGCCCCAGCAAGGCGGCCUUCUUCCGCAGCGCCAUGAACCUCAUCGACCUGGCGGCCAUCGCGCCCUACUUCAUCGCGCUGGGCACGGAGCUGGCGCGGCAGCGCGGCAUCGGCCAGCCCGCCAUGUCGCUGGCCGUGCUGCGCGUCAUCCGCCUGGUGCGCGUCUUCCGCGUCUUCAAGCUGUCGCGCCACUCCACCGGCCUGCAGAUCCUGGGCCAGACCCUCAAGGCCAGCAUGCGGGAGCUGGGCCUGCUCAUCUUCUUCCUCCUCAUCGGCGUCGUGCUCUUCUCCAGCGCCGUCUACUUCGCCGAGGCCGAGGACGCCGCCACGGCCUUCACGUCCAUCCCGCAGGCCUUCUGGUGGGCGGUGGUCACCAUGACCACGGUGGGCUACGGGGACAUGGCGCCGGUGACGGUGGGGGGCAAGCUGGUGGGCUCGCUGUGCGCCAUCGCCGGCGUGCUCACCAUCUCGCUGCCCGUGCCCGUCAUCGUCUCCAACUUCUCCUACUUCUACCGGCGCGAGCUGCGCGGCGAGGAGGGCGGGCAGGCGGUGCCCGCCGCGCCCUGCCCCCACCACCCCGAGACCCCCGGGGACGCCCCCGAGAGCCCCAAGGCUGCACCACAAUGGAGUGGAGUGCACUGGAAUGAACUGGGAUGGACUGGGAUGCACUGGGAGUGCACCACAAUGGACUGGGAUGCACUGGAAUGA